AUGAAGGUCACAUUUCGAGAUCUCAAACAACAAAAAUUCGUCCUCGAUGUAGAGCCCACAGACCGAAUCUCCGCUGUCAAGGAGAAGAUCGCGGCCGAGAAGGGCUGGGAGCCCAAGACCCAGAAGCUCAUCUACUCAGGCAAAAUCCUGAAGGAUGACGAUACCGUUGAGUCAUACAAUAUCGAGGAGAAGGGAUUUGUCGUCUGCAUGGUGAACAAGCCCAGGCCCGCCGCCGCCGCCGCACCCGCUGCCGCUGCAGCACCGCCAGCUACUCCUGCGCAGCGAGUUCCUAGCACACCUGCUGUGCCCCCUGCCCCUUCUCAGACUUCCAGCCAGGCCCCUCCUCCAGCAACACCGACUCCUAACCGCUCCGUUGAGUCGCCGUCCGGCGGUGUUUCUGGUUUGGCCAUGGGUGCCGAGCGCGCUGAGGCCAUCGCCAACAUGGAAGCCAUGGGCUUUGAAAGAACCCAAAUCGAGGCAGCUAUGCGUGCCGCUUUCAACAACCCCGACAGAGCUGUUGAAUAUCUUUUGACUGGUAUUCCCGAGAACAUCCAACAAGAGCAGCAACAACGGGCAAGCCAACAGCAGGCCGCCGCUGCCGCACCAGCUGCCGCCCCUACUGGCAAUGACGAUGACAAUAUUAACCUAUUUGAUCUCGCUGCCCAGCGAAGAGGUGGUGGUGCCAGCGAUGCCCCUGCGGCCGCUGCCGCUGGACAGGGCGAUUUGGGCAAUCUUGAUUUCCUUCGCCACAAUGCCCAGUUCCAACAGCUUCGUCAAGUAGUCCAGCAGCAGCCCCAAAUGCUCGAGCCUAUCCUCCAGCAGCUCGGUGCUGGCAAUCCCCAGCUUGCCCAGCUGAUUGCUUCAAACCCAGACCAAUUCUUGCAGCUCCUUGGUGAGGAUGCUGAAGAUGACGUUCCCCUACCUCCUGGUGCCCAGGCCAUCUCUGUUACAGAAGAGGAGCGCGAUGCGAUUGAGCGGUUAUGCCGACUUGGAUUCGACCGGGACCAAGCCAUCCAGGCCUACUUUGCCUGCGACAAGAACGAGGAGCUUGCGGCCAACUUCCUCUUUGACCAACCAGAGGACGAUGAGCCACCGACAAACUAG